CCGGUUCCUCACUGCGGCCUCAACAUGCUCCGGCGAGGGAACAAAAGAGCAUUCAGGCAGUCCAAAGCCGUUCAGUAAUCUGUCUUUACAUCAAAUAUUCUUCUGUACAAAUGUUAAAUCUUGAUCUAAUCCGUACUUAGAGCCCCUCAUGCUCAGGCAGUACUCCUUCACUAACCCAGCCCCGGGCUGCAGCUGCAACACGUGGUGGAGUGUACUCUGCAAAUAUAAACCUCAGCCCCAGUCGGACGCUGCUUUCAAGUCCGGGACCGCGAAAACAGGUGUCAGCAUGUUGGGGCGAGUUCUGUCGUUCGGUCGCUCCCUGGUGCGGAGGAAAGUGGUGGACAUGAGCAGCCUGGAGGACUCCAAGCUCUGCCGCUGUCUGGGAGUCGUGGAUCUGAUCGCCCUGGGAGUCGGCAGCACCCUGGGGGCCGGAGUGUACGUCCUGGCCGGAGAGGUGGCCAAGGGCGACUCGGGCCCCAGCAUCGUCAUCUCCUUCCUCAUCGCUGCCCUAGCCUCUGUCAUGGCCGGCCUGUGUUAUGCCGAGUUUGGCGCCCGCGUCCCCAAGACUGGCUCCGCUUACCUUUAUAGUUACGUGACUGUAGGGGAGAUCUGGGCCUUCAUCACGGGCUGGAACCUAAUCCUCUCAUACGUGAUUGGUACCUCAUCAGUAGCCAGGGCUUGGAGUGGUACAUUUGAUGACCUGAUAGGAGGCCACAUAGAGACAUUCUGUAAAACCUACUUCAGGAUGAACGCUCCUGGUUUGGCUCAGUACCCGGACUUCUUCGCCGUCUGCCUCAUACUGCUGCUCUCUGGACUCCUGUCGUUCGGAGUGAAGGAGUCAGCCUGGGUGAACAAAGUCUUCACAGCGAUCAACGUGCUCGUGCUCAUGUUUGUCAUCAUCUCUGGCUUCGUCAAAGGAGACGCACUCAACUGGAGGAUUUCCGAAGAAUCCCUCAUAAAUGUCACCAUAGUCAAAAGGAACCUGUCUGUGGCAGCCAAUGUGAGCAGUGACUAUGGGGUUGGAGGUUUUAUGCCCUACGGCUUCAGUGGGACACUGGCUGGAGCUGCCACCUGCUUCUACGCUUUUGUGGGAUUUGACUGCAUCGCGACAACGGGUGAGGAGGUGAAAAACCCUCAGAAGGCCAUUCCUAUCGGCAUCGUGGUGUCACUGACCGUGUGCUUCCUGGCUUACUUUGGCGUAUCGGCUGCGCUCACCCUGAUGAUGCCCUAUUACCUGCUGGAUGAGAAGAGCCCUCUUCCCAUGGCCUUUGAGUAUGUGGGAUGGGGCCCGGCUAAAUAUGUGGUUGCUGUGGGCUCACUGUGCGCCCUUUCCACCAGCCUGAUGGGCUCCAUGUUCCCUCUGCCCCGCAUUCUCUUUGCCAUGGCACGAGAUGGUAUUCUGUUCAAAUUUAUGUCCAAAGUGAGUAAGCGCCAGUCACCUGUGGCUGCCACCAUGGCGGCAGGUACCGCUUCGGCCAUCAUGGCUUUCCUGUUUGACCUAAAAGCUCUGGUGGACAUGAUGUCCAUUGGGACUCUGCUGGCCUACUCCCUAGUUGCUGUCUGUGUGCUGAUUCUCAGGUACCAGCCAGAUGAAGUCCUGGAGCAGCGGGCUUGUAAUGGUGAGAGAGACUACCUGUCUUCAGAGGAGGGUGAAUCCGACCUGACGGAGUCCGAGUCCCACCUCAACAUGCUGAAGGGCAGAGGCUCUGCCCUGCAGUCCGUCCUGCACCCUCCGCUCACACCCUCACAGCACUCCUCCAGUGUGGUCAACAUGUCCAUGGGGGUGCUAGUGCUGCUGGUGUGUAUGAUCAGCUAUCUCACCACAUACUACGGUGCUUCCAUCAUCGGCAUGGAGACGUGGAUCCUGGCGGCGCUGUCCGUGUCCCUCGUCAUCUUCAGCGGCUGCAUCUUCAUGAUCUGCAGGCAACCUCAGACCAGCAAGAAAGUCUCCUUCAUGGUUCCUCUUCUGCCAUUUCUGCCCAUUCUGAGUGUAUUUGUCAACAUUUACCUGAUGGUCCAGCUGAGUGGAGAUACCUGGAUUCGUUUCUCUGUGUGGAUGGCUGUGGGCUUCCUGAUCUACUUUGGCUAUGGCAUGUGGCACAGCGUGGAGCGCCAGCGCCAACUCCAGGGUCCCCUCUCCGUCAGCAGCAGCGGCAGCACCCAGGAGAACAGCAAGACCCACAGGGAGAAGCAGAGCGGCACGGACGCUGCGGCGGGGGACCAGGAGCGAUUCAUCCACCCAGAGAAGACCAGCCGGUGUUAAAGUCCCAGCUCACCGGGUCAAUCAUAUAACGUACAAGGCCACCUGGACACUUAGCAGCCCAAGACAGAUGCAAAAAAAAAAAAAAAAAAACCCUAAAAAAUAAUUUAAAAAAAUAAGCGCAGAGCAGCUAUGCUUUCAUAUACCUGUAUAUACAGCUUACCAUCCGUGCCUCAGUUACAAGCACAUUCACUAGCCAAAGGGAGCGUCAGUAUUCUGUAUCUGUGGUUGUGUGAUGGGGAGCCGUCGUGUCCUGAUCUCUGUCACUGUGAUGAAACCACGCACUAUUGGCUGGUCACGUGGCCGUCCAUCGUGCUGCAUGGACGGUCCGGAGGCAGAGUAACUUACAUGAAUUGAGAGGACAGGUAACACACUGGAGAGUGAUGGUUAUUUCCUUUUUAACAUUGGAGCAGUUAUGGAAAGACUGCGGCAAAGCUUUUGUAUUUGAUUCUGGACUAAUGUUUUUAGCGGCAUGACAAGUGUAUCUUUUCUGUUCCAUUUUGCAUUUGAAGUCUGUCUGUACAGGUGGAUUUUUUAAGUAUAUAUUCUUUGAAAUCUGUUAUCAUUUUAGAGGUCCAGAUGAUUAAAUGGAGAGGUUUUGAUAAUGUGCUAGUGUUGAUAGUGUUAGUUUGUUAGAAAAGCACUCAAAUAAGCUUACAACACUGAAAAAAAGGUCCUGCUUCAGGUUUAUGUCAUGCCAACAUCCUUAUCCCUUUACCCUAUUUUGUACAUAAAUGUUACAUAUGCAUACAAAUGAAAUUGUUAACAAGAAAAAGGUUUAGAUGCACAGCCACAUUUAGACCCACCAGUGUAUAAUCACACGUAAAUAUAUAUAUAUAUAUAUAUUUUUUUUUUUUGCAUGCACUUACAUGUUACAAUAUUCAUAGACCUGAAAAUGGGCCUGUGCUGUGUGCCAUUGGAGGUGGAGUGAAGAUUAAUUUUUUCAGUCUUCUCUAGGCGAUAGUAUUAGUCACUGUGAUCUCUGCAGGCAUUAGCAGUGGUCUUAUUCAGCACAUUGUUUUCAGUUUUGCUUGGAUUUCUUGUAUCUAUGAACUGUUACAAUCAAUGAAUAUAAAGAUUAUUUGUGUAUUUGAUACCAUAUUCUGCUCAAAAAGGUUUUUUUGUCACGUUUGUCUGUUUUUUUUUUUUUUUGUUUGUUUGUUUUGUUUUGUUUUGCUACAGUUACAAAGAGGAUGUUUAUGUAACCAUCCUGAAAUGAUUUUGCCACCAAAUGUGUGUCUAAGACGGACAGCACACUUGAUUACAAAUGAAACUGAAGUGUUAUCAUGCCACAUUCAGAAGUGUUUAAAUUUUCCAACUCUUUCUCCUCUGGACUUCAGUGUCUUCGUUAUCAGGCCAAAGGAGUGAGCCUGUCUGCUUUGUAACUCGAGUGUUGUUUCAUAACCAGUUUUCAGAGACACUGUGGGACGAAUCGCCUCAAGAUUCAGUGCUUACAUUCUUUCCUCUGGGCUUGUCAGGGCCACCGGUGUGUGUCUCUCGUGGUAUGAAUGGUAUGGCUCAGUGAGCUCUAGUGUACAGUAUGUAGAAACUUGUUCGGAUCUUUCAGCCCAACCUCGGGGGCAGAGAAAUCCCAAAGUCAGUAUGGAUGAUGUGAUGGACAUUUUGCAUACUCCUGAGUUAAGAUGCUGAAGCUGUAUUUGUAAUUGAACGGUCACAUUGGCUGAUUGCCACACUAAGGUAGUUUAAGUAAAUGUGGAACAAAUUUAGAAGAUGGUCUCCAUGGGGACCAAGGCAGGUAUUUUAGACUUUUAGAUGAACCUCUACACUAUGUAGAGUCUUCCACUGAGUCUAUGGGAUGAUAGUUUUCCAGAACAUAGGAGACACCAUGAUGAAAAGAUGUGGAGUCAGUUGUUACUAACUACACUGAUAAUUUCAAUAAAUGUAUUUUCCAGUAA